GCGCUGCCAGCGCCUAGCGACACACACAAUGCGGUAUUAAAGGCAUCAGCGCGACAUUAACUGGGCGCUCCGGUGUCACCAGGGUGCCUUUCUUGGGAUUCUUCAAUGGCGAGCGCACCAGCAGCUUUCUACUCCAGUGCCUCUCCGACUGCAAGAUUCAUGGAACUGUCAAAGCACAGGAGUUGUGGGAUGGCAUGGAUUUCAGGUCCUUGUAAGAGGCUGGAAUGGGGAAACCAGGAGCCCAUCUGGACGCUGUCACAGUACGCCCUGAGAGCAAAGCCUUCCAAAAGAAUCGAAAUCCUUGCUCAGCCAAAGCCAAACCACCUCAUGGAGUCUUUACAGUCCAGGGAAAGUUUCAUCUUCAGCUGUGGCCGUGAGUCCUCGAUUGGAAGAAUUCAACUGGCUGCCUUACAUGGAUCACCGAGCGAGAGGCUGGAGCAGUUAGCCAGACCAAAAAGGCUCUCUAUGGAAUUUGAAGAACCCAGGCCUUCUUAUGUCCAUGGAUGCGGAUGCAGCACACCCAUAAACCAAGUCAAUCGAGAGGCACUCGCCUGUCACCCUUCAGUACGUGUGCAGUCUCUCGCCUACCCGAAGAAAAUUCAUCCAGACUACAGGAUUGAUCGUGAGGUGGAAACCUACAUCACUCCAGCAGCAAGAAGAGCAAGAGGUUCUCCAAGACUGGAACAGCUCGCCUGCCCCCGAACAAGAGAUAAUAUGCUGUUCUUCUCACUGGGACGACCCGAGGAAGUGAUAAGGCCGGUUUCAAGUGCAGCCUGCAAUUCGACAGCUAACCCUAGGACCCAGGAGCUUGCUAAACACAAAAUAGUGUCAAAGAGAUACCUUCCGGCACGGGACAGUGCUUGGCUAGUGUCUCCAGGGGCGAGGAGUGCUGCUGCAUCACCCCGAACUCUGGAACUCUGCAAGCCGAUAUCACGGCAGCCAAUGGAUCUUCUGCAGUACAACCCCGAUGUGUUUCUUGUAAAAGAAGCUGCAAUGAGAGCCAAGUGUUCUCCGAGGAUCCAGGAGCUUUCCCAGCCUCUUCAACACUGAUUUAUUUAUUUUUGUUCUUCAAGACACUACGUGUGGAACUUUAUUCUCAUCACUUGUUUUUAUUGAGUUAUUUCACAAAAUUAUUGCAGUAUUUUGCAAUCAAAAUUCUAUUGUUAUGCAACUAUAACUAUGUUAUUUUGCAAAGAUAUUGUCUGCUCACAUAAUGUAAUAUUUUGUUCAAACCGAUGGAAUACAUUUGCAAAGUCAGUUAUGCAAUUCAAAGUUUUGUUUGAUUGGCACGAGUUCUCUUCCAUGGAGUGUGUAAGUAAAAUGCGGAGGAGAUUCAAGUGAAGUCUUGUGAAGCCAUUGGCCGUGCUGGUGUUCCGCUGGUAUUCUCUAAACUUGGCCAGGUGUACCCGAGUCUGCCCCCCGAUGUCCCAUCCAGGAUUGGCUCCUCCCUUCUGUUUGAUUCUAACGGGACAGUCGGGCUUGCUGCUGCUCUCCAAAGCCGUAUUGGAAUAGCAAGACUAGAAACAAAAACUGUUAACCCUGUGCUGACCUCCUGCACCUUAAGAUGGCUAUGGAACGAGUGGCCAGGAUAGAGAAUGUAUGUGAGUUACACAUUUUAUACGUUAGUUUAAUAAUAUUUAUUCAUUUCUUUGUCUUAUUGUAAGAAUUAAAC